UCCAGCGUUGAGCUCUGCUGUGCUGUUGUGUGCUGGUGUUGUGUUGAGUCGUGCAGGGCUGGAGGAGCAGCGCUGACAUGGUGAGCGGACCGGUGCGGGAAACACGCCACCACCACACCUCUCACCGGUCUGCCUUCGACUUUUAACAGCCACACUUUGAUCAACAGGCUCCGUUUAGCAGCUGCGAACAACAAGUGGCUCAUCAAAAUGGUCCGGAUGCUUCAACACACCUUCUCACUGCUGCUAACUGUGCAUGUCAUAUAUUCAGCUCUGAUUCAUGUGAGAGCCGAGGAGGAGACCAGAGAAUGCAGGGAGCAGGAGUACAAGGACCGCUUUGGGAACUGUAAACCCUGCAAACAGUGUGAUGCAGGACAGGAGCUAUCAAAGGAAUGUGGCUUUGGUUAUGGAGAGGAUGCCCGGUGCGUGCCCUGUCGGAGCAGUCGCUUCAAAGAGGACCGGAGCCUGCAGAAGUGCAAACCCUGCCUGGACUGUGGACUCAUCAACCGCUUCCAGAAGGGCAACUGCUCCACCACCAGCAACGCCGUGUGUGGCGACUGUCUGCCGGGAUUUUACAGGAAGACAAAACUAAGUGGUUUCCAAGACAUGGAGUGUAUACCUUGUGGGGACCCUCCACCGUCCUAUGAGCCCAACUGCAGUGGACGUGUGAACCUGGUGCCGCUGCCCUCCGUAGUGACCAGUCCGAGGGACAUGGCCCUGGCGGCGGUCAUCUGCAGCGCUCUCGCCACCGUCCUGCUGGCUCUGCUCGUCUUGUGUGUCAUCUACUGCAAGAGACAGCUGCUGGAGAAGAAGCCCAGUGCCUCUCUGAGGUCUCAGGACUGUCCCUACAGUGGAGCCGAGCUCUCCUGUCUGGACGCCCGCUGGCUGCACGACUUUCCCCAGAGACCCUGCUGCCAGUGUCACCUGGGCCCCGGACACACCUGCGGUCCAGUCCACCUGAUCCCGUCUCUGUGCUGCGAUGAGAGCUGCAGUCUGGGCCACAGCCAGGACAUCAGCCCAUUCCAGUCCCAGAUGAGUCUGAGUGAGGGAAACACAAACCUGAACGAGGAGGGAGCACCAAUGCAGCUGGAGGGGCAUCCAGAGUCCGUCUGCGAGGGGGCAGGUGGGGGGAGAGGAGGCUCUGAACCUGCAGAAAGACUGGAAGUGGAGGGAGAAGAGGAAGAUGAGGAGGAUGAAGGGCGCAGGUCGAGGGAGAAUUCACCUGAGAGGAGCAGAGGGAACUGCAGUGAAGCUGUGACAGAAGCACUUCUUCCCAAACAUCAUGCACUGACUCAGGAAGGAUGACAUGGAUUUCUUUGGCUUGUGUUCCACCCUUGAACCACCGUGGACUCAACAACAGAUCCCGUUUCAGAUUACUCACUAGUUCCCCACACACACACACACACACACACACACACACACACACACACACACACACACACACACACACACACACACAGACCAGCAGCAGCCACUCACAAGUGUGGUCGCGUUGCCUCUUUGAAAUGCCUGCCGCUGACCUCAGAGCCCUUCGUCAGAUGGUCCAAACAGAAUUUGUACAUGCAUGCAAACAGAAGCACUACUGAGGAAAAGGAAAGGCGUGCGCAUACACACACACGCGCACACACACACACACACACACACACACACAGAGAAUGUGAACCCAUUGGCCCAGAAGGUAAAAUCAUAUGAAGUUCAAACGUCGAGGAGUGCUGACUUAUUACUGUGGAGCAAAGUGAAUCAAAGUGAGCCUCUGCUCUGCCUCGAGAAUGUCUCGCAUCUUCACAUGUAGGAGAACAUGAACUGUACCACUCAUCUAGCAGCUGGUGUUAUGAAGCUUUGUGUAUUAAAAGGUGACAGUUGUAAAGUUUGAAGUGUGAAGAAAAAAGUGUCAAAAGUGUUAUGUUGCACAUUGAAGACAAUCUUGAUCAUAUGGAACAAGUAAAGACGAGGAAUGUCGAAGUGAUAAAUGUGUUGUAGAUACUGUAAAAUAGUAAAUAGGUCAAUAUUUUUGUAACAUAGACGUGAGUGACGUCAUGUCUGCUUUUCUCCCCCCAGUUAUAGUGUUGACGGUUGUGAAUGGUCACUUCCAUGUAUCGUUGUUGUAAAUAAACCACUUGAACAAGUUUA